AUGUUGACACAGGAACAACAGUUAUUUUCAUCUAUUAAAGAUACUAUAUCGAUGGUAGACAAAAAUGAUGAUCUUGCCAAACUAAGUCUUUUAACAGAAGAUAUUUUACUUGAACAUUUAAAACAUCGAUAUGAUAAAAAUUUAAUUUAUACUUAUCUUGGAGAUAUUCUUGUUGCAGUUAAUCCAUUUCAAGAAACAAAUCUUUAUACCACACAAAUUCGUGAUUUUUACAGAUAUUCGACUGAUAUUCAGAAGCCACCACAUGUGUAUGCGCUUGUCGAUCUUGUUUAUCGAAAUGUUUGCCAUGGUAUAUAUAAACAACAAUGCUGUGUCAUUAGUGGUGAAUCAGGUUCAGGAAAAACUGAAAGUACAAAAUUAUUUUUAAAACAAUUGAUGUAUUUAUGUGGUGGUAGUUCUCAAUUAGAACAACAGAUUUUACAAGCAACACCAUUAUUAGAAAGUUUUGGCAAUGCACAAACUGUGAUGAACAAUAAUUCAAGUCGUUUUGGAAAAUAUAUUGCUUUGAAAUUUAUUAAUGGCAAAGUUGUUGGCGCCCAAAUAAGUGAUUAUCUGUUAGAAAAAUCACGUGUGGUAAUACAAAGUCCAGGCGAAAGAAAUUUUCAUAUAUUUUAUUAUCUAUUUGAUAAUCUACCAUUGGAAACAAAACAAAUCUUGUGCCUUCGAACGAAACAUGAUUAUAAAUAUCUUUUGACGAAUCCAUCAUUAGAUGUUCAAAAUACGACUGCUAUGAAUUCAUUAGAUGAAGUUAUCAAUGCAAUGAGCUUGUUAAAUUUUACUGAUAAAGAACAACAUUCCAUGUUUCGCAUAUUGUCUGGUAUUUUAACCAUUGGUAAUCUUGAAUUUUCUAUUGAUGACGAAGGUUUUACACAGCAGACUUCCGAUGAAGAAAAAGCUAAAAAGAAUCUUUCCAUAAUUUCUAAUAUGUUUGGCGUUAACUCGGAUUUAAUUAUGGAGUGUUUAACAACUAUGACAACGUUAACUCGUAAUGAAAGAGUGAUUCGAAAAUUUAGUUUACAGUCAAGCCAAGAUGCCCGUGAUGCUUUAUCAAAACAUCUCUACGCUCGAUUAUUUUCUUGGCUCAUUGGGAAAAUAAACGAGACGUUAAACAAUCCGUAUCCAUCUCAAUCAUAUCAUCAUGUUGUUGAAAUUGGUUUAUUGGAUAUUUAUGGUUUUGAACAUUUUGAAUUAAACAGUUUUGAACAAUUAUGUAUCAAUUUAGCCAAUGAACAAAUCCAAUUUUUUUUCAAUCAACAUAUAUUUCGUAUGGAAAUGACCGAGUAUGAAAAUGAAGGUAUUAUCGCUGAACGAUUGACAUUUACUGACAAUCAAACAUUAUUGGAGCUUUUUAUGGCUAAACCAUUAGGAAUACUUUCACUAUUAGAUGAUGAAAGUCGACUUCCAAAAGCAACUGAUCAGACAUUUGUAGAAAAAUUAAAUUAUCGUUUUGGUUCAAAUAAACAUGAAUGUUAUUCAAUCAAUCGUAAUAAUAAAUAUUCAUUUACGAUUCAUCAUUAUGCUGGCAAAGUUUCGUAUUGUGCCUUGGGGUUUUUGGAAAAAAAUCGUGAUACACUAUCGGAUAGUGUUGUUGAUAUGUUUAAAAAUAGUCGUGAUGAUCUUAUACGUUUACUUUUCCAUGGAAAUCCAUCGGAUGGAAGUAUCGAUUCAAAUAAAGGGCUUCAACAUCGAACAGCAGCCGAAAAAGAUGCUCGAAAUCGCUUAACAGUUGGUGCUCAAUACCGAAAUUCUUUACAAAUUUUAAUGGAUCGUAUGUGUGCGUCACAUCCUGUAUUUAUGCGUUGCCUUAAGCCUAAUCAACAAAAACAAGCAUAUUUAUUUGAUGAUCCAUUUGUUCGUGCACAACUUCGUUAUUGUGGUAUGCUGGAAACAACUCGAAUACGUAAAGAAGGUUAUUCUGUACGAUUGUCUUUUGAAGAAUUCAUACAAAAAUAUGGUCUCCUAUCAAAAGCUCGUCCAUCGAAUGUACCGUCAAUCACCUGUCGUUAUAUUCUUGAAGAAACACAUUUAACUGAAUGGCAAUUAGGAAAAACAAAAGUGUUUUUAAAAUAUUAUCAUCCGGAAAAUUUGGAAAAAUUAAUGAAUAAAUAUCGGCAAGCAGCAUUACUAAUUCAACGAAGAUUUCGGGGCUAUGUGGGAAGAAAACACUUUAAACAGUUAAAAUCAAUCUCGCAAAUAUACAAAGAUGAAGUUAACCAAUUUUGUGCUAAUAUUGAAGAUAUCAACAGCCAAAUGAUUCAAACACUUACUCAACUCGGCGAUAAAUUUCCAGGUAAAACAGUACCAAGUGUUAAUCCUGAAGAUGAUCAUCGACCUCGUCCGCCAGUUCGUGAAAGUUCACUUAAUUCUUCAUCACAAAUUAAUAACACUGGAUUGGGUGGGAGAUAUUCUUUACCAACAACGAAAAUUGGAUCACCACCAACAACACCAACGAGUACAUUAACAACGAAUCAAUUAAUGGUUGAUUAUGAUUCUUUACUGUCUUAUCUAACACUCAAAUAUGGUUCGCCGGGUGAACGCGAAUCUUGUUUAAAAUGGUUUCGUGAUACACAAUAUCCAUAUGUUUGCCAUAAGGGAACAUUUCCCAGUUGGUUUCACGGAAAUAUUACUCGACAUCGCGCAGAAGAAUUAUUAUCAAAACAGUCAGUUGGUUGUUUCUUAAUACGUCUUAGCGAAAGUCGUUUUGGUUUUUCAUUAUCAUUUCGAGCCGAAGAUCGAUGCCGCCAUUAUAUGAUUAAUCAAUUGAAAAAUUUAAAAUAUAACGUUAUUGGUGAAGCAAAAGUACAUAAAUCACUUGAUGAACUACUUUUAUAUUAUCGGACGCAUGAACUAUCAAAUUGGGACGGUCAUCUAACUGAACCAUGUAAAGCUGAUUGGUCUCAAUAUGAUCAUGAGUCAUUAACACCGAUUCAAAAUAAUACAAAGAAUCAUGCUAAUUAUCAUAUUAAAAAUAGUCCAGCACAAUUGCAUAAAACAUCAACAUUACCAAUCUCAUAUUAUGCAAAUCCAUCAUUUCCAUAUUCGACGAAGAUCUGUGCAACGCGCCCGAUGAUGAUGAAUAAUUCAUUGAAUGCCUCAACGAAACUACCUAUUGCUAUUGUUCCACCAUUUACAAAAUAA